UAGGACAGCAUUAGCCCAUCGGAACCUCAAAAGAUAUGGGGCCCCUUUGUUGCCAUGGGAAGACUGAGGCUGCCAUGGAAUGCAGGGAGACUCCCACUCACCUCCACCACCUAAACCAUUUGAGCCCUUGAGAAAGUCUGCAGACAUCUCCUGCAGGCCUGUGUCACCUCCUGCAGGCCAGACUGACUUUGGAUGCCCUGCCUCCCAAAUAAACAAGCAGAGCUACUGGGCAGAGGCAUUCUAACUCAUAUGGGGAUGAUGCUCAUUCUGGUGUUUGUCUCCCAGGGAAAUCACCACCCUCACCUCAGAAAGAGCUCCCGCUGCAAAGUGAUUUGGCUUCGGGGGCGACCCAUCUGGCUCCCAGUGGAGGAGCUUCUCUGAGCUGCAGCUGGAAGAGACCUUAUGGCAUUGGGGCCGGUCUGCAGAAUACGGGCAACACCUGCUACCUGAAUGCAGCCCUGCAGUGUCUCACGUAUACCCCACCCCUCGCCAACUAUAUGCUGUCCCAGGUGCAUUCUCAAACUGGAUUUCUGCAUCCUAUGUGCUGUGGAACUCACUUUCUUUGGGCCCUCCACAGCCCUGUCAAGUGCUGGCUGCUGGUUUUCACACAGACAGGCUGGAAGGUGCCCACAAAUUUCUGAUGUUCGCUCUGGAUGUCCUGAAGGCAGCAGGUCUGCCUGGGCUCACGGACGGGGUGGGUCCCCAAGAGGACCAAUCUGCAUCCCAGCAGAUAGUGGGAGGACACUGGAGGUCUCAAAUCCAAUGUCUCCAGUGCCAAGGCAUUUCAGAAACCUUGGACCCUUACCUGGAGAUCGCGUUGGAUAUCAAGACAGCCGACAGUGUGGAGCAAGCUUUGCAGCACUUGGUGCAACCUGAAGAGCUGGCUGGAGAAAACGCCUAUCACUGUGCUACCUGCCUACAGAAGACAGCUGCUUCCAAGACACUCACCUUGCAAUCGGCUGGCAAGGUGCUUCUCUUUGUAUUGAAAUGGUUUUCUGAUUUCACCGGUGAGAAACUUGGAGGACAAGUGCACUAUCCCGAGUGCCUGGACAUGAGACCUUACAUGUCUCAGCAGAAUGGGAGGCCACUGGACUAUGUUCUCUAUGCGGUUCUCGUCCACGUUGGCUUGAGGUGUCAAUCAGGACACUACUUCUGCUAUGUCAAAGCUGGCAAUGGCCACUGGUAUAAAAUGGAUGAUGCUAAUGCAACUGCUUGUGACAUCACUUCUGUCCUGGAUCAAAGUGCCUGUGUGUUAUUUUACGUCCACAAGAGUGGAUUUGGAGAAACAAAUGGGAAUGUGUCUUCAUGCAGGGAACAAUCACUACAGUGAGGCUGAAGACAGACAUGGCCAUACAUCAGGAGAGCUUGAAAGGCAUUCCAAUAUUAAAGCUGUAGAGUCAGAGGAGCACUUGGAGCAAACAACUCAGAAAAUCACCUUAGAUCUAUGGCAACCCUUUCAAUACCAGAACUGACCAAAGUGUACAUCCAAGCUCAGGACAGUGGAGCCCACACUGCCUUGCAAUGUGAUCUGAAUUCACCAGUCAAGAUCUCCAGGGGGGAUGAGGAAGCACCAUCCUGACCAGGAAAGGGCCCUGCUGCACGGGGCAGCUGGGCACAUCACUGAGCAGCUUACCAUGAAUCCAGGCAACCUCCCUUGUCUGGGAGGAAGGAGCAGACCUGCUAAGAGGGAGAACAAACAAGGAAAGAGGCCUCUGUUGCUGUUCCAGUGAUUUUAGUACAAAUGUACUUCACGAGUAUGUGGUUGGGUUACACUGCACAUAUUAAGUGUGUGCAUUUUUUAAAGAUCGUAUGUGUUUACUUAAAAGUCAGCGGUAUAGAGAGUUUGAGGCAGAGAGAGUGAGAGAAAGUGAGGUCUUCCAUCCAAUGCUUCACUCCUCAGAUGGCUGCAGUGGCUGGAGGUGCACUGCUCUGAAACCAGGAACCAUGGAUUUCUUCCAGGUCUCCCACACAGCUGCAGGGGCCCAAGUCCUUGCGCCCUCUUCUACUGCUUCCCCAGGCCAUAGCAGAGAGCUGGUUCAGAAGUGGAGCAGCUGGGACUCGAACAGCUGUCCAUAUGGGAUGCCAGCAUUGCUGGUGGCAUGUUUACCUACUACACCACAGCGCCAACCCUGUUAAGUGUGUGUAUUGCAAGUGUAAUAUGUUUUUACAUAUCAAUUGUUGUA